CGUCUCGGGGAAUUCGCAUGUCAUCAACGGCUGCGCCCAUGCAUUCUCUUCUAUUUCAUCCCGUUCCCCGUAGUGCUCCUGUCCUUAUAGGAGCUUCCCCUUCGCUUGCUCUGACAGCCGUUUGUAUCUUCAAAUAGACAAGCCACCCGUUGUUCAUUGCUGCAUUGGCCAAGUGCUUAACAAAGGCCUACCCCUGUCCUCGAACUUCCUUAAACCCAAUUGUAAGACCACUGUGAUUGUUUCACAUCCGAUCAUAUUUUCCAAGGAACGUGGCCGUCAUGAGGACGAUACUAGCAGCGAGUCUGCUUGGACUCGCUUCCAGAACUGCCGCGCAGGUGUCCGAACAGUGCGCGACAACCGACGUCUGCUUCAAGCUGAACAUCCCCUCCAACACAGCAUCAUCCGGCAAGGGCGACAUAUUCUUCCAAAUCUCCGCUCCCAGCACAUACCAAUUUGUUGCGCUCGGCCAGGGCGACGGAAUGGCGGACUCGAACAUUUUUGUCGUAUACACCUCAUCCAGCGGGAAAAACGUGACGCUGUCACCGAGAAAGGGAACAGGGCACGUCGAACCCCAAUUUAGUAGCUCUGCUGAAGUUACGCUGCUCGAGGGGUCCGGAGUUUCGAAUGGGAAGAUGGUCGCCAACGUUAGAUGCUCGAACUGUGACAGCUGGUCAGGAGGUUCCAUGGAUUUCACCUCUUCGAAAGGUAACUGGAUACACGCGUUCAAGUCGGGAGGGGCACUAAAUUCAGACUCUACGUCCGCCACCAUCUCCCAGCACAACGCCAACGAUGGGGACGCCUUCUCGUGGGACUGGGCUUCAGCGAAAGGUGGAGACAGCUUGAAUCCUUUCGUUGCUGCUGCUGCCUCUGGCACUGGAACCUCUGCUACUGUUAAAGCUACUGGCAAGACGACGGCUGCUCCCACGGGUGCUGCCGCCACUAGCAGCUGCGUUCCCCGGCCUACCACUGGAACCUUCGCUGACAAUGAAAUAUCUUCUGCUGUCGCGUCUGUAACCAGCUGGCCGUCUACCGUCCCCGUGGGCUGGGCAACUGCGUUCCCAACGAAUUUCCCCUCUGAAUGGAGAUCUCACUGGCCGACCGCGCGGCCGACGGGUUUUGGCAAUUGGUAUAAGCGGGAUGAUACCAACUACUGCGAGUCCAGCGACCCGGGCAACAGUGGCAAUAUCAUCACGCCUAUUGUGUCUUCGAAGGUCACGCAGCAGAAGAAGAUGAUCGCGGCGCAUGGAGUGCUCGCUGCUCUUGCGUUUGUCAUUCUCUUCCCAGCCGGUGCCAUCAGUAUACGACUGGCCACUUUCCCCGGCGUUAUCUGGCUUCACGCCGCAUUCCAGGUUUUUGCGUAUAUCGUGUACAUUGCCGCUUUCGGACUUGGCGUCUAUAUCGCGAAUGAGAAGGAUCUUGUAUGUGCUCUUCUGUCCAAUCACCAUCCGAUCAUCGGGAUAGUUUUGUUCGUUGUCAUCUUCUUCCAGCCGAUCUUCGGGUGGCUCCACCACUCCCUCUUCAAGAAGUACAACAGCCGCUCAAUCUGGUCGCACGUGCAUAUCUGGAUCGGGCGUAUCGCCAUUACUCUCGGAAUCAUCAACGGCGGUCUCGGCUUCAAAUUGGCGCUCGACGAUGGCGUGGGAUCGCAUAGCGGCAUGAUUGCAUACGCGGUGAUUGCUGCCAUUGCCUGGCUACUUAUGGUCCUCGCUGCAAUCUUCGGAGAGCGGAGGAAGUCAAGAGCUGGGACGCGAGACGCGCCCCCGAAGUACGAGGAAACUACAUCCAUGGAUACGCCGCUCCGGUCGAUGAGUCGAGAUAACGGACCACGACAUAGAUCGAACCCCAGCGAUGGACAGGGGCCGGGCAGCACGCAUGGCUACUAUG